GUGUGCUUGGUGUGUGUUUGUGUGAGCUAGAAAAUGGCGGAGGCUAUUUCUCAGGAGGAAGAGUCUUUCACAUGUCCAGUGUGUCUGGAGCAGCUGAAGGACCCAGUGACUAUUCACUGUGGACAUAACUUCUGUAUGAGGUGCAUUAAGGGCUGCUGGGAUCAGGAGGAUCAGAAAGGAGUCUACAGCUGCCCCCUGUGCAAACACACCUUCACUCCCAGACCUGUCCUCUACAAAAACCCUCUGAUUGCUGAAAUGGUGGAGAAAUUUGGGAAGACCAGAAUCCAGGCUGCUGCUCCUGCUCAGUGUUCUGCUGGAGCUGGAGAUGUGGAGUGUGACGUCUGCACUGGGAGAAAACUCAAAGCUGUGAAGUCCUGUCUGGAUUGUCUCCUGUCUUACUGUGGAACUCACCUAAAGGUUCACAAUGAUAUAAACCCAGGAAGGAAACACUCAGUGAUUGAUGCCACAGGCCAGCUACAGGAGAGGAUAUGCCCUCGUCAUAAGAAGGUGUUUGAAAUCUUUUGUCGUACUGAUCAGAGUUGUAUCUGCUAUCUGUGUGUGAUGGAUGAUCAUAAAGGCCACGACACAGUCACAGCUGUAGAAGAAAUUAACAACAAACAGAAACAGUUGGGGCAGACCCAGGGGAGAUUCCAGCAGAGAAUCCAGGAGAGAGAGAAGGAGCUGCAGGAGCUGAGGAAGGCUGUGGAGACUCUCAAGAGCUCUGCACAGACAGCAGUGGAAGACAGUGAGAGGAUCUUCACUGAGAUGAUCCGCUCCAUCGAGAGAAGGCGCUCUGAGGUGACAGAGCUGAUCAGAGCUCAUGAGAAGACUGAGGUGAGUCGGGCUGAAGGACUCCUGAAGAGACUGGAGCAGGAGAUUGCUGAGCUAAAGAGGAGAGAUGCUGAACUGGAGCAGCUUUCAUACACAGAGGAUCACAUCCAUUUCCUCAAGAAUAUCCCAUCAUUCCGAUACUCUCCUUGCUCUCCCAGCAUGACCAUCAACCAAAGUGUCUCUUUUGAGGCUGUGAAGAAAUCUGUCUCUGCAGUGAAGGUGCAGCUGGAGGAGAAACUGGAAGGCAUCUUCAAGCAGGAAGUGGCCAAGAUAUCUGCAGCAGUGGCACAUAUCGAGAUCCUCCAGUCUUUAGAAUAUACUGAUCCUGAACUCCCAAUCAGAAAAACAAACAGUAAGGGGAUGCUACCACCACAAAUGUCUGGUGUUUCAGCGUCUGGUGUUUUUCCUGAACCAGUGACCAGAGAGGAGUUCUUGCAGUACUCCUGUCACUUCACUCUGGAUCCAAACACAGCACACAGAGAACUCCAUCUGUCUGAGGGGAACAAGAAGGUGGAGUGGAGAGAUGAGCUCCAGUCAUAUCCUGAUCAUCCAGAGAGAUUUGAUGAGUGGGAUCAGGUGCUGAGUGGAGAGGGUGUGUCUGGACGCUGCUACUGGGAGGUGGAGUGGAGUGGGUGGGUUUAUAUAGCAGUCUCCUAUAAAAGCAUCGGCAGGAAAGGAGGGGGUGAUGAGUGUGUGUUUGGACAUAAUGAUCAGUCCUGGAGUCUGCAGCGCUACAGCUCCGGCAGCUGCUCUCUCUAUCACAAUAGUAAAGAGACUGAACUCCCUCUACUGGCCAGCUCCAGAAUAGGAGUGUAUGUGGAUCACAGCGCAGGAACUUUGGCCUUCUACAGCAUCUCUGACACAAUGACCCUUCUGCACAGAGUCCAGACUACAUUCACUCACACACUCUACCCUGGGUUUAGAUGUUUAUAUAUUGGAUCAUCAGUGAAGCUGUUGUGACCCACACAGCAGGGCAGAGAUGCAAAGACUCCAGAUACAAAUAGAUGCUGUUAUCAAACACACACACACACACACACACACACACACACACACACACACACACACACACACACACACACACACACACACACACACACACACACACACACACACACGCGCACACAUAAACACAUCCCAUCUCAUCAGCACACAUAUAAACCAUUCACAUGUAAGGAUCUCAUACAGCAUCUGCACCUCUGGACCUCUGCUGGAACACACAUCAGCACACCACACAUGAACUAUUGGGUGGGAAGUGUUUUGAUAUUUCAGUGUUUCACCCCCUCUGAUCCUCUCCCACAAUCCAUUUCCUCUCCCUCCUAAACUCACUUUUUUAAUGAAAUAAUUCAAAUCACAGGUGGUUGUUCCUGUAGCAGUUAUUUCUGAAUAAACAUGUAGGCUAAUAAAGCAUGAACUUGGUGAAAACUGAGAUUAUAUGACAGAGUGCCAUCAUGGUGCUCUUCUUCCAAAAAACAAAUAAACUGAAAUUCUUGUGUUCUUCCAAAUUGUGCAUUUAAUUGGCCAGGAUUUGAAAUGCCUCACUUGCAAUAUUUAUUUUUAUCUUGUG